AUGGCCAUCCAUCCCAGCCUGCGUCCUCAAUCAGACGCCCAGGGCCAUCUGUCCCCGCAACAGACUAGAGCUAUUUCCGCGUGGACCGAGCAAGCGACCGCGUCUCUCGAGAACUUGACUAUUUCUGAAACAGUGCCGACUGCACAGAAUGCCGCUUGCUCGGAGUCAACGCACGGCGGGGGCGCAUUGCGCGGCGCCACGGUUUCGUUGUCAAUCCCUCUAGAUGAUCCAACGGAUCAUCAGCCUACCACGAGAACCAGCUUUCUGGCCGCGAAUCAGUCGCAGAAGUACCCAUCUGCCUCUUUUCGGCGCCGCGAGCCACUCCGUCGCGAUAGCUUGAAGAGACGUGAGGCAUUGCUCAAAGGGAAGGACGGAAGCCGUCGCAGGCAACGUUGGGAGAACGGGCAUCUCUUCUAUAAAGACCGUCUUCUGCACAAUCCCUGGGCGGAGCCGCCUUCUCCCAAGGACUGGGACAUCCGACCAACCUAUACCCGACAUGACCCCAUGCCGUAUUACUUGGCACCCCUGUGGGACGUUCAUUAUGCGCACAUGGAUCGCACAUCGUCCAACCAGACGACCAAGGGCACCAGAAAUGAGAUCUACCACAUUCCCAAAGAGCUUCGCUCGAAGUUAAAACACACACGCGCUGCGCGAGGGAUGCUUCAAGACCUAGAGGAAGAUAUCAGGCAGUUCAUUCAGCGAUGGAAUGAAAAGCAACGUCUGCUUCGCAAGGAGGGCUUGGCCGAUGCGCCUCAAACCUCCGACGAGGACUCUGAGGACGAGAUUGUCUUUGUCGGGCGAAACGGUCAAAUGCAUGAUUCCCCCGCGCGUAAACAGAAGCUGCACCAGAUGAGUCAGGCUAUGACUGCUCACAAUGAGCGGGAUGGCGAGAAGAUGGUGUUUGAGAGCUUGGCCGAUGACAGAGCUGCUGCUUUCGGUCGCUGGCUCGUUCAUUCAAUUGCUUCCUAUUACGGAUUACAUACUUGGUCCGUCACAGUGGGUGAACCUGCUCGCCGUGAGGCAUACGUCGGAUUUCGUCCCCCAACCGGUGGCAGUCGCGCAACUGGGCUGUUCGGAGACCCCACUGGCUCGGGAACAUGCCAUCGUGAAGCUAUGAAUCAGACCGAAGAUGAGCUUCCUCGACCGCUGUGGGCACAGGUGUAA